CUGAAAACACUUCAGCUGAAGUCUUUAGCCGACUGUCGCUGUGAGCCGUUGAUGUUCUUCGUGCUGUUUAGCUCACCUGAUACCACCGUAACAUGACGUUAUGGAGGAGAGAAAGCUAAAGAGAAAGAGUCCCAGGAACUCUACCAGCACGGCGCCUCCAGCCGUAGGCUCUAGCCGGAAAAACAGUGCGUCUACCGGGGUACGUCAGGUCGGCUCCAGCCACAACUCCAGCCAAAAGAGCAAAAACAGGAAGGGGGCCAGGGAUAAACCCAGGCACCAGGCAAGUUCAGGUGUCAAAGCGAAUCCUAACCAGGGCCAGGGCCAGGCAGCUCCCAGCAUCCAACACUCCUUUCUCACGGAUGUCUCAGAUGUGCAGGAGAUGGAGAAGGGCCUGCUCAGUCUCCUCAACGACUUCCACUCAGGGAAACUACAAGCAUUUGGCAACGAGUGCUCCAUUGGUCAGAUGGAGCAUGUGAGGGAGAUGCAAGAGAAGCUGGCCCGAUUACAGUUUGACCUCUAUGGCGAGGUCGAUGAAAUGCCCGAGGACCAGAGGAAAACGGCAUGUGACGCCAACAUGGACAAGUUACUCCUUAAUCUUGAGGAGCUGAGUUCUUCAAUUCAGAAGCUGAAUCUAGCCGACAGUCAAGAGAUUCCAAGGACUGCCAGCAUGUGAUUGUUUUGUUUUGCUUUUUGUUUUUCUCUCAAUCUCAUCUGCCUUAUUUUAGUUUUAUGAGACACAGAGUGGCUGCGACAGAUGAGGUGGUGAUCGGAAGUGUGUUGAUGGCAGAAAUGUCUGCCAAGCUGUUCACCAGCGUCCCCUGUCCCGCACAGAGGCAUGAAUGUAUUGCAAGAUGGACCUACAGCUUUUCUUUGAACCCAAACACUGAGCGCUGAACACAGUGACUGUUAUAGUUUCACAGACAUUCACGAUCGAUUAAAAGUGGCACCAGUGCUUCACUAUCUAAGCUUAUUUAAGCUGUCAUUUCUAAACUGUUGACAUUGCAAUACAUCGCAAACCAAAGUUAUAAUGACAAAAACAUCUCACUUUCUUUUGACCUCCAUCGUACAUGUUCAGCUUCACUGAAUUUAGAACCGACGGCACACUUUACGCACUCACUUGCACUUUUUCCACAUCGGCGACACAUUACGGUUUAGUAGCAACAUGGAGUUAACAUGGUAAUAGCUUUGUUUUGGGAUGUAAUCAUUUAAUAAGACCACGUUAUUGCUAAUGAAAUGUUCAUGUAGUGGCUUGUAGCGACGCAAGAAAUGGUAAGUGUGUGGUAAUAAGGUGAUGAUAUUUAGGUUAUUUAUGACUGGAUGAAUUCAUGAGGAUGGAUUUCUACCUUACAGCAUGGUAAUUACACACUUUGAUUCCAAAAAUAUAGACAAAUUAUCUUUAUCACGUCAUUAAGUAGAUAUUACGAGUAGAAGAUAGUAGAAAGACAUAAUAUAUAAUAUGGUUAAUACCAUGGUAUCACUGUAAUAUGUCCUUAAGCAAUUUGGAGUUAUCAUGGGAAUAUUUUGGUAAUCGUUUGGAAUCAUACAGUGAUGCCAUGUUAUUUCCAGUGAAAUUGUCUUGUAUUGGCAUGUAGAAAUGGAAAAUGGUAAAAGGUUUUUCAUGAAAGGAUGAAUUUCAACCUUAUAGCAUGGCAAUUACAAAUACUUUAACUUAUUUAUUUAUUAUGUAAAUUAAAUUAUUCCACUGUUGGUAGCCCAUAGUGAUGAUCAUUAUCAUACUAUUAUAUAUUAUGGUUUAUUUUUGCCACACUAUUACAUUGUUAUUAUUACGCUAUAACCUGUUUAUUACUUCAUAACUAAAACGCUAUUACUUUUUUAUUUCCUCAACACACACUAUUAUGUUGUUAUUAUCAAGUUAUAACCUGGAUAUUAUUUCAGAUAGUUACCACACUUAUUACCUACCUAUGACUUGGAUAUUACUUCAGAGAUAACGUGGAGUUUGUUGUAUUAUUACCAUUUUAUUGCAUUGUAAUUAACCAAAUAUGACAUUAGAAAUAACCAUGCUAUUACUGUGUUGUUAUUGAACUCGAAUGUAAAGUGUUAAUGUUGUCAUGUCACAGGUCAAUCAGUAUCUGUAACGUCCCAAACAAACAAAAACAGAGCUUGACAUGUCGAAACAUAGAUACAGAAAUAUUGCCUUCAGUAUUCAUUCACUUUGUUCUGCAGACGAUACAUUUUUAAAAUGAUGUUAUCGAUGUAGAACUUCAAACACACACGUUAUCUGUAAUAUGAUAAUCUACCUUAAAUCAGCUGAAAAUGACAGUAGACUCUCAACAAUAGAAUACAAUAGAAACUCAGCUCUGUUAUAAAAGAAUCCUAUUUUCUGUUGUGUGGCCUGAUUUGACCUCCAGCUCUCUGCUCAGUGUUCAACACAUUUGCACAUAAUCCACGCAGCAUGCUGCACACACUCAUUACCUGGGCUGUGUGUCCGUUUGAUGCUGGAAAAAAACAAUUUUUCCAAAUGUUGACAUCACAACCAUGCCUUAAUUAAUAUCUUCUAAUUUAAUCAUUAUUGCCUUAUUAUUUUUUAAUCUAUUCUAUUUACUUUCGUGUUGAUUUUAGGUUAAACGUAACCAUGAUGUGAUGCUUCUUUGAUUAUUUUGUCACUUCAUAUUUUAACCAGUAUUGUUGGCGGAUGUGGGAUCAUUCUGAAGUGUCUUGUUUUGUUGAUUGAUUUAAUAAAUGGGUCACCUGACUCUGUUGGAGUCAGGUUAAAGUCAA